GGAGCCCUAAUUUCACACUGCCUUUGAUCGGCAGUACUGUCUCUCCGGAACUCACUCAUCUCCCUUUCUCGACGACGUUGAAGCUUCUUCAGCUAUUGUCGCUGGCAAUCCACUAAUCCUCAGGGCUUACUGUAAACUACCACGCUCCCUGCUUCAGCGUUUCGCUCUCGUUUCUGGGUCGCAUUCAUUCUUCCUCCCUCAGCGCUUAAUUCUCGUCUCUCAGCGCCACUGAAUUGUCCUUGCGAAGUUAAAAAAUGGGUUCGAUUUAAGUAGAUUGCAACUUCAGGGGGAAAGUUAAUUUGGUAACUUAAGAAAUGCGCUUAGUUUCAAGAAUAAGUCAUCUUCUACCCAAUGUGUUUGCAAACACCAUUCGCUCUUCUACAGUUGCCCUCAAUCCUCUCAACAGAAAUGGAUUACAUAGAAAUUAUGCUCAACCUUCUCGGAUAGAGGAGGAAGAGGAGGAGGUGGAAAUUGAUCAGAGAAGGCUUCCAGCUGACUACGAUCCUGCUAAUUUUGAUCCAACAGAGCAUCGUAGUCCUCCAACCGAUCGGGUUUUUAGGCUAGUGGAUGAAAUAUCUGGACUCACAUUAGUUGAAGUGGCUGAAAUGUCUUCUAUUUUGAUGAAAAAAUUGGGAAUGACAGAGAUGCCAGUUGCUGGAUAUAUGAAACCAGGAGCUGUGGGGUUGGCUGGAAUGGUGAAGAAGGGGUCAUCAGCAACUGCCAAGGAGGAGAAGAAAGCAGAAAAGACUGUUUAUGAGUUGAAACUAGAGUCUUACGAAGCGUCUGCAAAGAUUAAAAUUAUCAAGGAGGUAAGAAGUCUCACUGAUUUAGGUCUCAAAGAGGCAAAGGAUUUAGUGGAUAAAGCCCCAUCGGUGUUGAAGAAGGGACUAUCAAAGGAAGAGGGUGAACAAAUAGUUGAAAAGAUGAAAGCACUUGGUGCAAAAGUGAUCUUGGAAUGAAUGAAUGUAUGCUUUUAGUCAUCCACUGUCUCCAUGUACUUUGUUCUUUGCUUCGUUAGACUCGAUGUUUUUUUAUAAUAACAUCUUGCAUUUUUCAGUGUCUUGGUUUUCUAGCAAGAUAGCAUUUACCCAUCUUUAAACGAAUGCAAGAGGAACGCAACAUCUUCUGUUCCAUUUCUGUCUUAAUAGUCAAACGAAACGACACCUGUAUUGCUUCUUUUUCCCUACUUUUUUAAGGGUCGUUUUUUCAGAACUCAAGAUGGCUGAAGGUUUCAUUUUGAAAUA